AUGGCUUUCGCGUGGCUUUUUUUAGGCUGGGCUCUGUCUGUCACGUUUGACGUUCACGAGAACAUUAAGCUGAGACGCCUCGGGACCUUUGCGCUUAACCCUAAGGCGGAGGCAAUUCUAUUUACGCAAUCAGAGUAUGUCCAGGGUACCGACUCCUCACACUCGACUCUCUAUUACAUUAGUGGCCCAGGGAAGGAGCCCAUUCAAGUGUGUCCUCUGAAUGUGCACGCGAGUAAUGUUUUGUAUAGUAGCGCCAAUAACCUGUACUACUUCACUGAUAUCUCUUCUGCGCUGGACUCUGCUGUCAACGCACUGUAUUCCUUUGAUCCGGAUACUCAGCUGUGCACCCUUCUGUCAAAUCUUCCAGUCGAUAUCGACGCGAUAAAGGUCUCUCCAGAUGGUAGCCUUCUAGCAUUUUCCGCAGAUGUUUACAUAUACAAUCAUACCAAUCGACCACUGACGAAUGCAAAGCUUGAGCAGGAGCGGCUGGCCGCGCUACUGUAUAAAGCCAAGGUUUUCACAGAGGGAUACAUGCGGCAUUGGGACGAGGAAGCUUGGCCUGGGCUCUAUAGGCACCUGUUUGUGGCUCCGCUUCCUAUGACUGGCCUUGUCACGGAGGACACGGUUGUUGACAUCAUGCCAGGCUUCGACGGAGAUGCUCCGUUAAAGCCGUUUGGAGGGACAGAGAGCUUUGCAUUUUCGCACGACGGCUCUCGUCUUGCAUUCACAACGCAGAUCGGUGGCCACAAACAGUGGAUGACCAACGAUUCAAUAUACUAUGUGGACAUCAUUCGGCACGCUUCGGCAGCCCAUCGCCCCGUGAGGAUCUCUUCUACGGCUCCCACUUGUCUCACGUGCACCAACGACGGACGGGAUGCUAACCCGGUGUUCUCUAGCACAGAUCCAGAUCUUUUGUACUAUCUCUCUAUGAAUGAACCGACUUCUGAGUCAGACAUGUUACGCCUUCGCCGUGUUUCUGUUUCUUCCCAGGAGAUCAGUGAUCUUUCCCCGUCGUUUGACGGCUCCUUUGACGCAUUUACUCUCGCAAGGGACGAGGAUGUAGUCUUCGUUCUAGCGCACAUAAAGGCACGUGCCGUGAUACUGCAGUGCAGGAUCUCUCUCGGGAUCACCAUGGACACGUGCACCACGGUCUUCACUGGAGGCGAGGUUUCUCAGUAUGAAUUUACUGCUGGAGAAAACAGAAUUUACAUGUCGCUCAACUCUUUCCAGUUCCCGGCCGACAUCUUCUCUCUUCCACUGAGCUUCGUUGAUCGGUCUACACUCACCAUCUCUGAGGCAGAGCGCGUUACUGCGAUAAAUGCAGAUAUAAUGGAGCACUGGGAUAAACUAUAUCGUCCAGAAGAGUUCUAUCUCAAGUCAGAGAUUGACGGUGCACUGGUCCACUCCUUCUUCUUCCGCCCACACAACAAUUUCGAUACAUCAAGAGACAAGUGUCCCCUUAUUCUAUAUGUACACGGAGGUCCGGAGUCUCCGUGGGACGACUCGUGGUCUUACCGCUGGAAUCCGCAGAUACUUGUUGAACAAGGGUACUGCGUGCUGGCCACCAACUUUCAUGGGAGUGGGAGCUUUGGAGAGGAGUUCCAGAAGUCUAUACGGCAGCAUUGGUUUGAUAUUCCAGUUGACGAUACCAUGUCUGCCUGGAAGUAUGUUCAUGAAACGUACAGCUAUGUAGACAAGGAAAAAACGUGUGCUAUGGGUGCCUCUUACGGUGGGACACACGUUAACUGGCUUAUGGGCCACACGGAUAACAUCACAUGCUUCAUUGUGCACGAUGGAAUCUUUGAUCUCACGUCCUUCGGUCUGGACACAGACGAGCUCUUCUUUGUUAUUCGGGAAAUGGGUGGCCCUGUAUGGGAGCAGUUUGAGAUGUACGAGCGGUGGAAUCCCGCAAGGAGCGCAAAGAACUUCUCCAAGCCAGCUCUAGUGAUUCACGGCGGCAAGGACUUUCGCAUUCACGAAUACCAUGGCAUCGCCCUUUUCCAGUCCCUUCAGCUUCGUGGGGUUCCGUCGCGCUUCAUAUACUUCCCGACACAGUCACAUUGGGUAUGGCAGCCUCAAGAAAGCGUUGUCUGGCACACUGAAGUUGUGGCCUGGCUAGAUAAAUAUCUCAAGGAGUAG